AUGAAGCAAUCGGCCUACUUCGCGGCAGAGAUCGUCUCGCAAUUACAGCGACGCAACGCCCUGGCAGUGGGCUACGGGUACGCUGCGGCCAAGGCAAGGGCAGAAAGCCAGAUGGGUGUGCGUGUGGUUGGCUGGUCAGGGGGCGUAUGCGCUCCGGUCGUGUCGACGAGAGAACAUGUGCUGAUUGCUGAACACUUUUGGAGGGCUGUGACUGACGCAGACAUGGACACAGGGCACCAUCGCACGCCAUCUCGGGAUCCUCAUGGCCCUCGCGCUGGCCAACGACCAUGCCAAGAAUGCGUUUUACCUCCCUGCGCACAUGCUGUACUUUUGUGA